AUGGAAAUUGAUUCUCGCUGUCUUUUCGCUGACUUGGAUGGGUGUUCUGAAACAUCCACGCCUUGUUACGGUUUAUGCAAACCACCGGUAAAUGCUGAUGAUAUUUCACAUUUACAUGAUUGUAAGACAAAAAUCGAAAAUCUUUUAUUUCAAUAUGGAAGAUUUGAUAUGGCUCCAUGCAAUGUGGAAGAAUAUCACUACUUGAAGCCUACAUUAAUUAAUCGUAAUAUGGAUCGAAAUUUACAUUUGAUACAAACCGGUUUUGCCGAUGCAUAUAACAACGCUUCUCAUUGGACUGUUCGAGGAGAAAUUUUAUCAAUUCUUGCUAAGGAUGUCACAUUACCAACACUUCUCCAUUAUAUUCCUGGUUUAACAGAACAUCGGUUCUAUAUGGCUCGACAACAUAGCACUUGA